GAAGCCUGCCUAAAACCACUUAGAGAAGCCAGCAUUUACUCCUGGGAGAGACGGAAAACACUCGUGUGGGAGACUCCUGAGGCAGGAGUAUCUCCUUCGAUGGAAGAGGAAAGAGGAACCUUCCCGCUCAGCACCUCUACAGCCGUUGACGCCCAUGGUUUAUAAACAGAGGUAUCACUGAUUAUGGUUUUGCGUGAAACUUCAAGGACUUGCUUCCUUCAGAGUGCUGUGCUUGUACAGAUCUUGCCCACUGAGCCUCUGUCUAGACACGCUUCACACCUUGUGACUUGCUAUGUGCCUGGGUGUUCUGGGUGCGAGAAACAAAUGCACACAAAGAGAUAAUCCAACACUCUAAGCUCCCCGGCUUCCUAUUGUGGUUAAGCAAGCGAGGCACAGAAGCAGCUCACUGUCCUCAACACACCUUGAACCCUCUCACCCGGAUUGUGAGGCAGCCCUCGCACACGCUCACCGCGCCCGACUGCCAGCUGCCAACUCGGCCUCCUGCCACAGCCAUGGACUCGCUGGUGAAGAAGUCUCUGGCUGCUCCCGUCAAGCAGCUCACCUGCUGCAUGGCGGGCGCCAAGGACAACGACAACUGGGUCAGCAGGAACGCCAGGAACCUCAAGGGGGGGAAGGGAAAGAGCGCCCCCUCCAGGACGGCCCAGGCCGCGCCGGACCCGGCCCUGAUUCGCUCGUACCAGGCCGACCUGGAGAGGGAGAGGAAACGGAGGGAGGUGAGGAAUGCCCAGAAGAACGCGGAGAGGGCAGCCAUGAGGGCUCAUUUCAGGAGAAAGUACCAGCUUGCAAAGAACUCCAAGGACACCAGCCAGCUGAAAGCAGUGGGAGGGAAGGUGGCGCUCCCCCGCGAACUGUCUGCGAUGGUGCGGCCCGAAUCCUCCUCCAAGGACGAAGCGUACAGCAUACUUGGUGCCUUCCAGGGCAUUAACCUAAAUCUGGGGAUGCUGACGGGCGGCGCACAGAAGCAGACGCCAGCGAACGGGGAGCAGUGCCGGGUCAUGUGAUGCACAUGACCGCGUUCGCCCGGCUCCUGCUGAGUCACACCCUGCGGCACUCCUGCGCUGAACCGAAUCCAGAGAAACAGGCACACACUACCCUGCGCUGAACCUAACCCAGAGAAACAGGCACACACUACCCUGUGCUGAACCGAAUCCAGAGAAACAGGCACACACCACCCUGCGCUGAACCUAACCCAGAGAAACAGGCACACACCACCCUGCGCUGAACCGAACCCAGAGAAACAGGCACACACUACCCUGCGCUGAACCUAACCCAGAGAAACAGGCACGCACCACCCUGCACUGAACCUAACCCAGAGAAACAGGCACACACUACCCUGCGCUGAACCUAACCCAGAGAAACAGGCACACACCACCCUGCGCUGAACCUAACCCAGAGAAACAGGCACGCACCACCCUGCACUGAACCUAACCCAGAGAAACAGGCACACACCACCCUGCACUGAACCUAACCCAGAGAAACAGGCACACACCACCCUGCGCUGAACCUAACCCAGAGAAACAGGCACACACCACCCUGCGCUGAACCUAACCCAGAGAAACAGGCACACACCACCCUGCGCUGAACCUAACCCAGAGAAACAGGCACACACCACCCUGCGCUGAACCUAACCCAGAGAAACAGGCACACACCACCCUGCGCUGAACCUAACCCAGAGAAACAGGCACACACCACCCUGCGCUGAACCUAACCCAGAGAAACAGGCACACACUACCCUGUGCUGAACCUAACCCAGAUAAACAGGCAUACACUACCCUGCGCUGAACCUAACCCAGAGAAACAGGCACACACUACCCUGUGCUGAACCUAACCCAGAUAAACAGGCACACACUACCCACACACUGACCGUUCCACAGCUCCAGGAAUAGGCAGUCACACCCUCCGCAAAUGCACUUUGGAUACAAAAUUACAUUGAGAGCGUAGUGACUCGGUAUUCUUGCCGUAGAACAGGGGUCCUCAAUCUUAUCCAGAAAGGGCCGGUGUGGGUGCAGGCUUUUGUUCCAGCUGGGCAGUUACACACCUGAUUCUACUAAUCAAUGUGCUUAGCAAAGAUUCCAUCAG